AUGGUCAUGCAGAGCGUCCUAACCGGGACACCACAGCGUGUGCUGCACACUACUAUUGCGCACGUCUCCAAGCCCUCAGGGUCAGGUGCGCACACAUACACGCAGUACCUCGUGCGGGUGUCGGACGAGCGCUCGCCCGGUCUCAACUGGACGGUCUAUCGACGCUACUCAGAGUUCCGCAACUUUAAGCUCGCACUCGAGGAGGCAAGUAAGCGCGGCGAUAUGUGCGCACACUGCGCGAUCAUGUCCAAACGCACCUGCUUCGUUCUCUUCCCGCACCGCCGUCUCUUCGGCAACCUACGCGAGAAGACUCUUGAAGCACGCCGCUUCGGACUCAACACGUUCCUUGACGCUGUAGCCAAGCACGCACGCACUUGUCGAGAAAGCAUGACGUGCCAAACGCGUCCGCUUAUGGACAAAUUCCUCAUGGUCAACGACAUGCGCUACACGUACUUGAACGUGGACAUGAGCGAGUCCAGUGGUGCCGACCAAAGCAGCAAAGUCUCUGCAGGCGAAAAGCGUGUGUCGAUGAGUGGCCUCUCGCACCGUUCCUUAUCAAUGGUGAAUCGUACUAACCGAUUGAGCGGCUACUCCGACUACCGUGAGGAUGCUGUGCGGAGCUGCACCGAGGACAAGCCAAAUCUGCUGGCCUACGCGAACGACCGACGUUCCCGCACGCACUCUUGGAACGACAACACUUCUCAGCCCGCGGCUAGGCAAAGUCUUGCAUCCGAGUGGGAACGUUCUACCUACAAGCAGCCGUCAAGCACGUCCACGUCCCGUCAUUCGGACCCUGGACUUGCUCGGAAUGAGCUGCUGAACUUCACUCGCGGCAGCUUUUCUGGGGGCGGUCGCCCGCACCGCGCCGAGGGCCGACCGCGCUCUCGCAAGGUGCACUUAUCAUCUGCCGCUAAGCGCGUGAAGAAGCUAGAGGAGGCGGAAGCGCGCUUCUCCGUGCAGUCGCAGGCACGGAAGCCGAAGUGCCUUCCGCGACUCGCGACGAUCCCCGAGUAGGCUUGUUGGCAAGCUGUGCCUCGCGCGAUCCCGUUCGGACUCCACCAAACUAAACCGCCGGCAUCGAAGGCGGCACUUGCCGUGUAUAGUUUCUAUCUAUCCCAACCAUAACUUACAAACAGAACCAUGAGCUUGUA